UCUUCUCUUCUCUUCUCUCUUGUGGCAGCGAGACAGAGCGUCUGUAUGGAGGAGAGAAUAUCGGCUCUAGUGUUGUGAUGAGAUUUGUCCCUUUAAUGUUGUUGGUAGUCAGAUUUAAGAGAACUGGGAGAACCAUGAACCUAGCACAGUUCAGCAGUUAACAGUUCAGCAGCUGUGCUGCAGGUUCUGGGCUGCCUCCUCACGUGAAAACAGAGAAACACCAGGAGACCCUACUAAAGCCCCACUGCACAACUAAGAGGCCUAAGGUCUGAAGAACAGAACAUGCUUUUCUCUGAGACUUUCACCAAUAUUUGUGAUACAGCAUGCCUUUAAGUGAAAGGAAUACUGUUGUUUUUGCAUAUGAGUCUUCAGUACACAGUUUCAAUGUUCUGCUCAGUCUCAAUGAGCAGAGAAAACAAGAUCUUUUUUGUGAUGUUACCAUCUUAGUGGAAGAUCAGCGAUUUCGGGUUCAUCGCUCUGUGCUUGCUGCGUGUAGCAGCUAUUUCCGUUCAAGAAUUGUGGGUCAGGUGGAACCUGAUCUUAUCAUAACUUUACCUGAAGAGGUUACACUAAAAGGCUUUGGUCCUUUGCUUCAAUUUGCAUAUACUUCUAAACUUAUUUUAGAUAAAGAUAAUGUAGCUGAAGUUUGCAAGUGUGCAGAAUUCCUGGGAGUACAUGACAUUGAGGAAUCAUGUUUUCAAUUUCUGAAAUUCAAAUUUCUGGACCACAAAUUAGGCCGACGCGAAUACCAGAGAAAGAAAUGUUGUAAAUCGCGCUGUCAAAAAGAAGAGCAUAAAGUAGAAAAUGCUUCUGAUAACCAUCUGGAAAUAGAUAGUGUGAAUGAAAGUUUGCAAAAUGAAUGCAUUGAUGCUCAGUUGAAGAACUACAAGAGUGAAAAAAAUCCAGAAGUAUCUCUUGCACAGGACAAUACCAAUCAAAGAUUUGAGUCUGACUCAGAAAGGGGCCAGGUACUUGACUCUGCAUCCCUUUGCCCAAAAUACAGGAAGUUCCAAAAAGCUUUGGAGGGUGACAAAGCCCCUACUUCAGAGUCCAACUCCAGUAUUGAAGAAGUUCAGGUAAUAUCUGCUGCAUCUGUUCAUCAAAUUGAAUCAUAUACCAGUGGUGCUACACAAAGAUCUUUUGAAUAUGCAGCUGUGCCUCAAGACACAAAAUGUGAAGACUCUCAGGUAGAAAUGGAAGAAGAUGGGAAAGAAGAGUUCUUGAAACAGACAGCUUCUGCGUUCCAGAGUACUGAAUGUUCUACAGAGAAGUCAGUUUCUUUUUCUCCCCAUAAUUCUUCUGUUGCUACUCAUGGGCUUUAUUCCACUGCUUUCUUGAACACCUGUGAUCAAUAUUGUGAUUUGACAUUGAGUAGUAUGCCGUGCAAUGCAGAAGUCACUGAAAAGGUCACUGAAAAAACCAGCAUUGUUACAGAAGCAGAAUACUGUAAACCAAUCAGUAAAAGUCCUGAUGAGAGCCUGCCUUUGAAGUCUCACUUAUGUGACAGAGAAGCUUUGAAUGAUACUUCACCUUGCAACCGCAGCAGUGUGGAAAGAGAGGUAGCAGAACAUUUAGCAAAAGGGUUUUGGAGUGACAUUUACAACCCAGAUGCAACCUGUCAAAUCAGCUUGUCUCCUGCCUCAGAUCAGGUGUGUUCAGAAAAGAAGGCAGAGUGUCCUUGGUUAGGUAUCCGGAUCAGUGACAGUCCUGAGCAUUCUCCUCAAAGAACUUUUACAACUUUGAGCUCUGUUAACUGCCCUUUCAUAAAUAACCUUAGUACUGGAAACAGCACAGAAAUUAGUAGUGGUGAUUGUGUACAGGAACAGCAGCAAGAACAAUGUCCUUAUUCCUGUGUGAUAAGUUUGGAAGAAGAUUCUGAAACGGAUACAGAAGGUGAUAGUGAAUCCUGUUCUGCAAGAGAACAGGAAUGUGAGGUAAAGCUGCCAUUUGAUGCACAGAAGAUAAUUUCACUUUCUAGAAAUGAUUUUCAGUCUUGUCUGAAAAUGCACAAAUUGACACCAGAACAGCUGGAUUGCAUCCAUGAUAUUAGAAGACGAAGUAAAAAUAGAAUUGCAGCACAGCGCUGUCGCAAGCGGAAGCUAGACUGCCUACAAAACCUUGAAUCAGAAAUAGAGAAACUGCAAAGUGAAAAAGAGAGCUUGCUAAAGGAGAAAGAUCACAUUUUGUCAACGCUCAGUGAGACAAAGCAGAACCUGACAGGCCUUUGUCAACAAGUAUGUAAAGAAGCAGCCCUCAGUCAUGAGCAAAUACAGAUACUUGCAAAAUAUUCCACCUCUGAUUGCCCACUUUUAUUUUUGAUCCCAGAGAAGGAACAGCCUGCACCUCCUGAUAUGAUGUCUACAGUACCAUUAUGUAUAGAAUUAUCCAAGGAUCUUUGUGUUGAGUCUCCUGAUGCUCAGAGUUCUAGUUAUCUGCACGUAAAAAGCACAUGUGAUACCGGAUACCCUCAAGCACAGGAACUGUGUCCAGUUCCUAUAAGGAUAUCAGAGAAAACAUUAUGUUUGGAUCAAUGUGUGCAAAGUGGUGGUGCGAUCACAGAUUUUUGUCAACAAAUGACUGACAAAUGCACUACAGAGUAAUCCUAUCAAUCUCAACCUUGCAGGGUUUGAAGUCUAAGUCAUUAGGUAGGAAGGAUGAACUUUGUUUGUGGUGCAGUGCAUUAACUAGUACUUAACCAUCCAAAAUCAUAUUUUGCGACUUGUCUUUUCUGACAUGGAAACAAGAUUCUAUCUAAAUUUGUAGUAUACUUAGAAACAAAAAGGAUUUCUUGCAAUUUAAAUACUUCAGGCUGCUAGUGUCCUGGGAUGCAAUGUAGAACAAAUGUUCCACAUAGUAAAUUUUCUUACAGUUCCACAACUACAAGUAAAUCUCAAAAAUUUGUAACUUAAUACUAAGUCAUUGCUCCAGAGGCAUACCUGGUUUUCAACACUUUGUGGCCCUCUUGUGCUAUUUAGAUAUUUUAGUUUCUACUUGAUUUAACAUACCACAGUAGUCUGUGCUUCCUGCUUAAACUUUAAUAGGUUGUGAUUAUAUUAGAAAAUAAAGUUAUCAAGUAUUCUGGAAGGAUUUCAACUUUCACUAUUAUUAGUGGGACCAGUCUAGAUGCAUUUGAAAAUUAUUCUUUUAAAUGGGUACUUUCAUUGGGUAAAGCUUACUGUAGCCAUUCAUGUUCAAUUUUCAGUGCUUCAGUUUUCAGAAAUGAACGAACUGGAUAAUUCAGUAGGUAAAACUAUUGAAGUAAAAAAAUAAUGUAGGCUGUUUUGCAUUGUAAUAGCAUCUGCUGUACACAACAGAAACUCUACCUACUAACCUCAAACAUUUGCUGGUUUACAAAAUGUAAAAAGCCAAUGGAAUUCUUCAUUUCCUACCUCAGAACAGACAUUUUUAUAUCUAUGUUUAAAAUAUGAUCAUCUUUUUGUAAUGCCUAUUUGCUUUGCAGGAUUCUAGAAUAGUUACAUCUACUCUGUCUUCUGACAUGUUAAAGCAUUGUUUAGGUUAGUGAUGAUUUAGCCUGUCUAGAAAAGUUAACUUGCUGAAAUGUAAACACAUUGUGAAUAUUUGGCCAAAUACAUCAUCCGAAUAGUACUUCAAAUAACCAGCAUGUAUUACAAAAACACUACCUCAUAAACUGAUUUCAAGGUCAUUCUGAGCUGCAAAAAUUAAACACUUGCUUGUCACAAAUUAGCAUUAUGAUUUACACAGUUUGCAGACUGUUGACUUCAUUGUGGAAGUUCCUGUACAAGUUUUGCAUGGUUUCUUUUUCUAUGUGUUUAUUUCUCUAGCAAUGAUUUGGGGAAAGAUUUCAAUAAGCAUUUAAGCAAGCAGGUUUUUGGGGGGUGUGUGGUGUGCCUUUUACAAGGCACUUGCUGUUAGAACAUGCACAUGAUUUCUUUUGGGGGAAUCUGCUAACUUUCUGAUCAGUCAUUCUCUUUUAUGACAAAUCAGUUAAAACUUAGGGCACAUGAUGUAAAAUUUAUAUAAUAAAAGAUGCAAAUUAAAUUCUGUUUUUAAAGGAGGUAAUUGAUACAGGUUUUAUAUCUGUAGGGAAUUCUAGUUUUCUAAUACUCUGGCUAGUGGCUGAUCUUAAAAGGAGCAUGUUGGUUUAGUGUCUGGUUUUCAAAAUCAGAAGUUAAGGGAAUGAGGAAGAAGUAAUUACUGUUUUCUAAGGGAACAGUGGGACAAAUUGUAUUAUCAGUGUUUGUUAAAAUAAAUUCAAUAUCUGUGUAUUGGAACAUUGGUUCAGUUUUUACUCUUUUAAAUGAGUGGUUAAAUAUGCUCAUUUUAUAAUACCAAAUUGUGCAGAGGAAGCUGAGGUGGUUUAAAGCCUAACCAACUACCUCGAAAAUAGCCUGCCUAGUAAUGUUUCAGGUUGCAUGAUUGAAAGACUAAAUAAUUAACUUUCAAAUAUUCAGAAUGAACAUCCGUGGCAACUUUUGAUGUUGACAAAAUCUCAGGUAAACAUCUUUCUAAAUUUCAGCUAAGAGCAUUCAGUUGAACUUGUAGAAUACUUGCAUCAAGGCAUGUUCACAAUUGUUUGAAAUAUGUUGGGCAGAAUGUUAUGCAUUCUAAAAGGAAAAGCCCUACAUUAAUCAUAAUUGAUUUUGUAUCUUUCCUAAUCCAGUGUUUUUAAUGCAAUAAAACCACUAUACUUUUAAAGGUCUUCAUUUUUUGUAAAAAUUUGGCAUUGUAGAAUGGAAACUUACUAAUUGAUUUAGUACUACUAAAGCUGAACUCUGGAAAUAACAUUAUUUAUACAGUUUAUAUAAUAUAUUAAAGCAGCACAUAUUCCUGAAUUGAAUAAAACUCUUAAAAGCUCCAUUUCAAA